AUGCUGCGCCUCUUCCAGCUGCUUCCUCUGCUGCUGCUCUUCCUGACGCGGGUCAGAUUCUCGGCGCCGCGCGCAGACAACUUCUGGGAAGCCCUGCACGGUCUGGCGGAGCGAGGCGAGGACAUCGACAUCUCUUCCUACUUCGCUACCACGCAUCAGCCGCCCGGAGCUGAAUCUGGCCUCUCAACAGCAGAGCAGCAUGCCUCAGCCAACCCAACCCCACCGGGCACAAACAUUCCACACACGAUGGCACACCCCGCGCUCACACCGCAAGAAAGGAUGCACAUCCUGGCGCCCAUCGGCGAGGCGUACAAGAUGCAAAACGGCAUCCGCACAAAAUCUACCCUGCACCCUUACGCCGGGGCUGGCGCCCAGCUCACGUGGAAUCUUGUCGACGAAGCGCUCGGAGCUACGAACUCGCUGCUCCGCGAGCACCCGAAUGGCGUCUAUGUUGUGCGGGCAAAGACCGUGCCGACGGAAGCGGAACUGGAAGCAAACCGCGUCGGGCGCAUGGGGCUCACGGGACGAAGACGCAACCACGUGUAUGUGUGGAAGCGCGUCCAGCCGCCUAACUCGCAGGGGAUGAUCUUGCACCUUGUGGGCGCGGUCAACACGGGCGUCUUUGCCGGAGAGAAGCUCGCUCAGCUCCCGGCCUACCGCAUCCCCAGGGCGUGGCAGCCGGUCGGCCCGGACGCGAUAUCCGUCGACUCUCCCCUCAUGCCCCACUACACCUCGCGGCAGGGAGAAGGACAGAGCUGA